UUUACACACAUUUCCCUGAGGUUGUUUAUACCUGCGCGGGCAUUUGUUUCAUUCUGGUGAUCAGAGGGACCAGGUCUAUCACUACGCACUCUUGACUCCAUUAACUCCCUUCAGAAAUUUCCACUCCUACCUCACAAGAGGCAUCAUACACUAUGCCCAAAGCAACGUCCUCUCGCUCCGCCGCCGGCCGCCGGCACAACCCUCUGGCUGAGGACUAUUUGACUGCCGGCCAUCUGAGAACCCAAUCCAGCAAAAAGUCCAAGCGGGCGUCCGAUCAGAAUGAUGAUCAAGAAAAUAGCGAGCGUUUUAUCGAUGCGAAGAUGUCCCGAAAAAUCUUACAAAUCGGACAGGAAUUGGCCGAUGAAGAUGCUGCCGAGCAAAGAGCCACAACGGGCAUGACUGCCGACAAGUUGAAUUCAGCCUUCAAUUAUGAAUCUCGCUUGGAGGACGACGAGGCUUUCUCUGACGACGAAAAGUUUCAGGACGAUCAAUGGGAUGACGAAGAGGAAGUCGAGGAAGUGGAGGUUGAUCCAAAUGAUCUUGAUAUGUUCCACAAGUUCGUCCCCGGAGGCGACGAAGAUCCGAUAUUCGAUCCUCGCGGCCCGGAUGCCGAUGGACAGACUACAAACCUAGCCGAUCUUAUUUUGGAAAAGAUCGCGGAACAUGAAGCAAAGCAAGCCGGGGAUAGGGGAGGCCCUUUUAUCCAAGGUGGAGGCCUACCAGAAGACGCCGUUCAGAUACCCGCAAAGGCUGUCGAAGUAUAUGAAAAGGUUGGCAUGAUACUCUCUCGCUACAAAUCAGGGCCUCUUCCGAAGCCAUUCAAGAUCCUUCCCUCCGUACCCAACUGGCCCACCCUUCUUCAUAUUACACGGCCCGAGUCAUGGACGGCAAAUGCUACAUAUGCCGGAACCAGGAUCUUCAUUUCGUCAAAGCCAGCUGUUGCACAGGAAUUCAUUUCGACGGUGCUGCUAGACCGUGUCCGAGAGGAGAUCCACGAAACCAAAAAGCUUAAUGUCCACACAUACAAUGCCUUGAAGAAGGCACUAUACAAGCCCGCUUGUUUUUUCAAGGGUCUGCUAUUCCCGCUGGUUUCUAGUGGAACCUGCACGCUGCGAGAAGCCCAUAUUGUCUCCUCUAUUAUCGCACGUGUCUCGAUUCCCGUCUUGCAUUCUGCCGCCGCAUUGCUCCGUAUGUGUGAUCUGGCCGCUGAACAGUCCUUGCGGUCACUGGAAAGCACCGGUGCAGUCAAUGUGUUCAUCCGUGUCUUCUUGGAGAAGAAAUAUGCACUUCCGUAUAAGGUGAUUGAUGCUCUCGUUUUCCACUUCCUUCGCUUCCGUGCUAGCGACAAUGGCGAAGACGCUAUGACCGACGAGCCGUCUCGGGAAGCGAACAAAGCUUAUAAGCUUCCUGUUCUUUGGCAUCAGUCAUUGCUUGUCUUUGCACAACGCUACCGCAAUGAUAUUACCGAGGAUCAGCGAGAGGCCCUCUUAGACUUGCUCUUGGUGCGCGGGCACAAGGACAUCGGGCCUGAAGUCAGGCGGGAAUUGCUAGCAGGGAGAGGAAGAGGCGUAGUGGCACCAGACCCGGAGAACCAAGGUGCUGUCGAUGCUGGGGACGAUACGAUGGACGUUACGUUAUAGAUGAAAUGCCUCGGCACUGAUCUGUAAACCAAUUUGGGAGGUUGGUGUCUCUGCACAUUGGAAAUUUGCAUCUUACUAUGAUUCGACCACGACUCGUGACAGGCAUGGGCGUUACUAUUGGGUUAUUCAUUUGUCACACCUACUGUUGCUUUCUUUCUUCUCGGGCAUAUAUUCCCACGUGUUUACUUAGUUUUGUCGGACUGUCCUUACUUAAUCGGCACGUUACAUAAAAAAGAUAGACCCAGCCACGUUUGAAUGAGG